AUGGGGAGCAGACAUUUCAGACAGGUUCUAUUAAACACGUACAAAACUACCAUCAGAAGCAAAUUAGACUACGGAUCUAUUAUUUAUGGCUCAGGAAAGGAAUCUACACUAAAAAAACUGGAUCCUAUACAUAACACCGCCCUGAGAAUAAUAACUGGAGCCUUUAGAACUAGUCCCAUACUAAGCAUUUUAAAAGAAGCAAACGAACCUCCGCUCAAACACAGAAGAAAACUCCUCUGCAUUAUACAAGCGAUAAAAAUAUCUACUAUCCCAAAUAAAUCCUCCUUUAAAAAUACCUUUUCAGCCCGCUACAUCACAAAAUACAAUAAUAAAAAACUGACUCCCAAACCUUUUUAUUAUAGAGUCCACAAACUUGAAGAGGAACUCAAUAUAACAUUUUUCCCUACUAUUCCACAAAGAAAAACCGGAAUACCACCAUGGGUCAUGCACCCCAUCGAAGUAAACAUAGACUUAACAGUAUACAAAAAAUCUGACACCAAUCCUGUAAUAUUUCGUAACCUAACCACUGAAACUAUAGAUCGCUACAGAAACUAUAUCCAUAUCUAUACUGACGGAUCAAAAACUGAAACCGGCACGGGAUACGCAGUAAUCACCCCGGAAUCCUCACUUUCAACCAAAUUAGCACCAUAUACAUCAAUUUUUACGGCUGAAGCAACUGCCAUCAACCAUGCUAUAAAAAUUUCUUACAUAAACUCUUAUACACACACUAUUAUUUUUACUGAUUCAAUGAGCACUUUAGAGACACUAAGCAGCAUACCAUCGGAUAAUGACAUCCUCCUCCAAAUUCAGGAAACAAACCAUGAAAUCACAGAAAAGGGCCACAAAAUAAUACUUGCAUGGAUACCGGGACACGUAGGCAUUCCAGGAAAUGAAAAAGCCGACCAGAUAGCAAAACAAGUAGCCAACUCACCAACUAGCUACCAAAAUAUUCCCACCCAAGAAGAUUUAAUUAAAGAUAUCAGAAAUAAGUUAAAAUGCCAGUGGGAAUCUGAGUGGAGAAACACAGCUCCACCACACAUCAAAAACAUAGAGGACGCCUUUUUUACAGAAAACACAGCAACUAUUUUAACUAGAAAAGAGCAAACUGCUAUAACCCGAAUAAGAAUUGGACACUCCAAAAUCUCCCACUCAUACAUAUUAUCAAAGGAACCCAUCCCAAUAUGCGAACACUGCAACACAACAAUUACAACGGACCACCUAAUCCUUGACUGCCAAAAAUACAACAUUCUUCGCCGUAAACACAAGCUGGAACCUCAACUUAAAGAAAACCUCACCAACAGAAAGCUACACAACCUACUGGGAUUCAUCAAAGAAGCAAAAUUAAUUGACAAAAUAUAA